UCUUAGAUCCCGCCCUUUCCUCUUCCUUUUCCGUUGUAGGAAGUAAACGUGCCUAAGGUGCUUGGUUCUUCAUCCGAAGCUAAGGCCCGCAAUCCGGCGACUAGCACCACUAAAUUUAGGCAUCCAACGCUACAAAUAUAAAAUCUAACAUCUAAAAUGGCCUCCGUGUCCGAGCUCGCCUGCAUUUACUCCGCUCUGAUCCUCCAUGACGAUGAUGUCACCGUCACCGAGGACAAGCUGAAUGCCCUGAUCAAGGCUGCUGGAGUCACUGUUGAACCCUUCUGGCCCAGUCUGUUUGCCAAGGCUCUGUCCUCCAUCGACAUUGGCACACUGAUCUGCAACGUUGGUGCCGGAGGUGCAGCUCCCGCUGGUGCUCCUGCUGCUGGUGGAGCUGCUGCUGCUGGUGGAGACGCCCCAGCUAAGGAGGAGGAAAAGAAAGAGGAGAAGAAGGAAGAAUCAGAGGAAUCUGAUGAUGACAUGGGCUUCGGUCUCUUCGACUAAAGAAGCAUUUUUUGUAAAAUGUCAAAAUAAAACAAAAAAAAGAGA